AUGGCCCCGUCCAGCAAAGCAGCCAAGUCUCGCAGGCCUGCGGUUGUGUCCAGCAAGCCGAUGCCCAAGCCCGUGACGCCUGCGAUUCCUCUGCCCUAUGUCAAACGCCAAGCUGCGGCCGCAGCAGCAGCGGCAGCAGCAGCAGCUCCCGCGACUGCCCUGCCCUCGAUCAACAAUGUCAAGCCAGAGGACAGUCCUCGCAACGGCACUCUUGGGGUGCAAUCGAACGACGCGAACCAAUCUGCUUCGCCUACCCUGAUUGCAAACUCGAUUCAUGCCAGCGAGUCGCUGCCAGACAGCAGCAGCCCAGAGUGGAAAUCUGCCACCCAGACGGAUCUAAGCUCCCAGGGCGCCGAGGUUAUUUCUGCUGCUGUCAGCAAACCCGGCGCCGCUGCAGACCACGCUGCUGGCCAGGACAGACUUUCGACGACCUACGCCGUGCAGCCACCCAAUCUAGGAGCUCCUGCUCCUCCAGCUGCUAAAGAUACCUCUUCUGAGCUGCAGGUCCAGCCUCACGAUCCAGCGAUGGCCACAUCCCAGGGCGAAGCUAGGCACAACCUAGCCCAAUAUCCCCCUGUGAAACUUGUUUCCUCUCAGCCCCCUCUGCCGGUAUCGCCAACUCGGUACCAGAUGCCGCCACCAUUCCAACCGGCCCACCCUCCGAUGGGCAUCGCGGCGAACGGGGACUUAUCUCGAGGUCCUAGGCAUCCUUUACCAAAUGCGCCGCUUCAUAUGCAUCAAGCUCACCCAAGUAACGGCAGUAUUCACUUCGGGGUCUACCACGAUUCUCAAAGCUCCUCGCCGGCUCCACCUCACUCUGGGGGGAUUGUUCCACCUCCUGGAAUGCCCAUGCCUGACGGACGCCCACACCCCAUGAUCCCUCACACUGGAAGUGGAUUCCCACCAAUGGUGCCGUACAUGACAGACAUGAUGCCUGUUGCCAACUUUGACGGCUAUGGCCGACCGAUUACCUAUGCGCCCAUGGAUUCGUACCACCAGUACGGCAAUGCUAUGGGGCAGUCAACGCCGCUUAGCUUCCAUGACUCCCAGUCUUCGGCCCACGCUGAAGAAGCUGGCAUGUAUAAUCAGUAUCGUCCUGCAGCUUUACCUAACGGCGCUACUACUGGGCCAGGUGACGAGCCUCAAGCUCAAAACCAACAAGGGCGAGCGUUCAGGCCCGCAGACUUUUCCCAGAUGAUGCCCAAUCACGGCCUACCCCCUCACAUGGCACAGGCCGACGAUGCUGAUGGAAUUUUGGGCUACCUGCAGCAACAAUUUGCCUCACCCGAGUUUGCUGAUUGUACUCUGGAGCUUCGGUACACCGACGAUAGGGCUGCGCCAGUACGGAUCCCUGGCCAUAAACUUAUAUUCGCCCGCAGCCCCUAUCUUUUCAAUCUCCUGCAGAAUCAAGCUUUCCAAUCGUCUCCCAACGACAGAUCUCUCCAAACCCUUCUCAUCGAAACCAGCAGCAAAUGGAUCCGCUCGGAUUCUUUUUACAUGGCUGUUCAGCGUCUCUACGGACUACCACGGUUCCAAGCUCCUCCGCCUCCUCCUCAACGCGUGGGUAUGGAAUCAAAUGACGUGAUUGCCGCUGGAUCAAUCAAUGAGCAGAUUGGUUUUGCCAUCUCGUACGCCGCUGCCGGCCAUUUACUCGCUUGGCCCUCAGUUGUUCGACGCGGCUGUGAGAUUGCUACCCAUCUCCUAACUUGGGAGACUUUGGAAACAGUAUUGGAAUUUGCGCUGGACGGAUAUCAAGACAAGGGCUCUCAUGACGUCUACAAGUACGAGACUGGAUCCCCGAUCCUUCUCAGUGCCAUUGUCACGUUUAUUGUUCACAAUUUCCCCUCUCACUUCAAUUUUGAUACUGAAGCUGUGGAACUUGCACCUUACAGCAGGCUGCCAAUCAACCCACCGCCGUUGACCAAGGGCUCUUCUGCCGACAUAGAGAUACCCUUAGCACAUACCGAAGGCCCCCACGUACAACUAGGAAAGGGACGUCGCCCUCAGAAGAUUAACGGUAUCCAGUUUGGUGAUUUAUCCUUCUCAGAAGGCAAGAACUUGGCGGACGCAAACACUCCCAAGGCUACUCGCGCCGCUCAGCCAAUAUCGUUUUCAAUUUUGUCCAGAGUCCUCUUGGAAAUCCCAUUUCGCCAACUAAAGAGGAUCCUGGAAUCCUCUGGGUCCGGUAACGUUAACGGCUGGGCAAAUGCCGAAUCUCGCUAUCGCAUUAUUAAGACUGCUGUUGAGGAGCGUGAAUUGCGCCGCCGCCGAGUCUUGGAUGCCGUCUUGUCCGGACAAGCUCCCGAAUCAGAAUCAAUCCGACAGGGCCUCUGUAGCCCCGAACCAAGGGACCUUGGCUGGUGGACUGCACUAGGAUGGCAGGAAGAGCUGCUACCAUAUGGCAAUCCGGAUGGACCUACCUUGGCUCGCAAAUGGGUUCCCCUGGUUGGCCUCCAGAGUGGUCCCAUAUCCAACAUUCCCGAGUAUCCAUAA